AACAGGUGAAAACUGCAGAUAGUAGACUUGAUACAGUAAAAUGGCCACACACUUCAUUUGUCAGCCCACAGAGCCAUUGGCACAUAGGUAUCCAUUAAAUCCAGGACCAGGCAAGGGACAUGGUGCCGUAUCUCAUUAUGAACUUCUCAAUGCUGCCAGUAAACCACAUACAGAUUUCCCUCCCCCAGGCUGGGACAUUUCCCAAAGCUCCGAAGAAUCUCUUCCACUUUGUCAGGUACCUAUCCCCACUUGGAGAAUUACUAGUGAUCUGAUUGGUCCAGACCCUCAGCUCUGUAUAACACCAGAGAAACCUGUCACAAAAGGUAGACCAAAGAAGCCUGUCCCACAGUCAAAGCCUGAUUAUCCUGUUGGAUGUGAUCCUGAACUAUGUGUUACCCCUGAGAAAAGUAUCGCAAACAAGAAAGUUCAAGAGAGGAAUAAAGCUGGUGCCUCUAAUGGACAGCAUGUAAGAUUUGAUGUCAGUGUGUCAGAUAAUUCUGUGGUAAGCCAAGAUGGAGAUUUAAUUUCAAAGACUAGAAAGUCUUACAGACCUUUCGAUUAUUCUGACAAUCUGGAGGAGUCUGAACCUAAAAAAGAGCUUUUUGCAAAACCACUGAAGUAUGCACUUCAGAACACAGAUAAUAAACCUGUGUAUGUUCCUCUAGCUACUGAAAGUAUAAACAACCCAUCAGAAACAAGUAAAAGUGUGACAGAAGACACGAGUGUUAAACCUGUGCUACCCGUCAUACCCUCAGCCAUAAACAGCAAGGAAGAGAGAGUCAUUAGUGUCCUCAAAAGUGACAACAUAAAAAAGAAAGGAAAGUCUAAAGCAAAACCAGAAACAGAGCCUAAUGCUCCUAUAAAACAUAUCAAAGAUAGGACAAAUAAAAGAAAGGUCCGAGUUACCAGGGAGACCCAAGAGAAGCCAGCACUUUCUGAUUACACCUACCCGUUCAGUGACCCAGCCACAGACACAGUUCAGGAGUAUGAACAUGUAUUUAUGCGACCAGAGUACAACAGCACUCUCAGAAUGAGGAAGGAGAUUGAGAGCCUCAAGGAAAGCAGUGUGGAUGUUGUGAAGGCAUUGGAUAAAAAGUUACAGAUAUCAGAGACAGUCUCAUCAGAUAUUAGAGAAAAAGCUUCAUCUAAAGUGAAUGUCAGUAGCCCUCAUUUCAGAGGACUGGUGAGCCUUAGUGUCCCUGCAGAGGAUAUCGACAAAGUCCACACAUUCCGAGCCAAGCCAGUCAAACCACGAGUACAGAGUAAAACUUGUGAGCCAGACCUGAUGGAGUUUUUCUCACCAGAAUUCCAGAGAGAAUCUCCAGAGUUAUCUACCCCUGGACUUUCCACCCCUUCUGAGCCUCUUGUCAAGGCCUCACCAAUGACUGCAUUUGAUCUUUACAGACACAACAGAGUAUGGGAUAGUAACAGUUACCUUAGAUCUAGAAAUAAGUGACGAUCAGUUAAAUAUAGAUAGCUGUAUUUUAUUUAUUGAUUGUAAUUACUACGUAAUAAAUUGAAUUGCAUACUCUA